AUGUCACUUAGCAAUUUACACUUGUUUAUGUUGUUGGUGCGGAUGCUGCUUGAGAGUCAAGCAUUGCGAAACUGCGAAGCUUUUGAUUGGUUAGGAGACAUUCUUGUCAGGAGUAGGAAAUAUUUGCAAAUGGUUAUGAAAAACACAGAUGAAUCUUUGUUAGUUAUCUCCGAGGGCAAGGAUUUAUCGAACAACAAGAAAGAACUUCAUAAAACGAAGAAGACAAAGAAAACAUUCUCUCUGGUCACUUUUAAAAAGAAGAAAACGUCACCGGCACCUAACGAAGACGAAAACACUGAGAAAAAUGGCGCGAAAGAUGCGGAGGCAUCAACAAAGAAAAUAUUAGAUAAAAAGCCACCUGUUCAAAUUAAAGAUAAGCCGACCACGGAUAACAAAAAACAAUGGAAUAUACUAACCAAGAAACCGAUCGCUGGAAAAAAAACAAAAUCUUCUUCAAAGUCCCACCCGGUGAAAGCGCAAACAAAACAGAAGAAAAUUAAAAGAACUGGUAAAACAAAAACUAGUGAAAACAUAGAGUGUGAUAAAAAAAAUGAAACAUCUCCGAAAGAACUGCAAAGAAAGGAUUCAAUUGCCAAAAUGGCAUCUCUUCUUGACGAAUCAGAGAUUUUACCUGUUGAAAAACAAUCCGGGUUAUUUGAGGAGAUAAAAGAUUCACCAGAUGCUCAUAAAAUUAUCGGCGGUCGAUCUGUCUUUAAACACCGCGAUAGUUUAAAUCUUUAUAAAGAUGGAUAUGAGCCCGGUCAUAGUGGUUUGUUAGAGGGAAAUGCAACUAAGAAAAAAUCUCGGAAUACCGGAUUUCAUUUGUCAUUAAACGAAAGCACUGUAAGUUUCCUCGGAACAAGUCCCGGAUUCUUAGAAAUGAGUUCCGGACUGGUCGUUAAUAAGAAGAAGCCGGAUCAUGGUUUUCACAUUUCAUUGGACGAUAUAUCAGAUAUAAGCCAAUCCGGUGUCUUUAUUAAGAACAAGAUUUUUGAUAAAAACAACCAAUGGGAUAUAGCAGAAACAACACCGGGUAGAAAAGAAAACACUACUACCGAAAACCGUGAUAUUUUAAAUAAUCAAACUUGUAGCACUUUACCAUUACCUCAAACUGAAGAAGACUUUUACGAAGGCUCUCCCCUUACUUCUUCAAGAAGAAAUUCAACUCGCUUAUCGUUUUUAUACAACGCACAUACAGGCUUUAUAUGCAAACACUGCUUUACUUCAGAUUGUCACCACGUAGAGAAAUCUGAUAACAAACAACCGGUACACGAAAAUUCAAAACAAAAUGAUUUGAUAGGAAAUGAUAUAUCUGUAGAAACUUGUAAAGACAAACAAAACGCUAUGGAUGAAGUAGAUGAGGGAACGCUAGAUGAUACAGAAGUAGAAAUUUUGUUGGAAAAUUUAAGACAAAAGCUAGAUAAAAAUUUGAGUAACGCUAUUGAAAUAAAAGACCUGGUCAAACUAAUAAAACUGCGACAAGUGUAUCAUGCUGACGACGACGGUCGGAUGGUUCCUUAUAACGAAUUGAUAAUAGACGUUGAUAAUACUGUUUUGCAAAAUGACACCAAUGGUGGAGACUCUGUGCUCGAACAUACGGAAGACGAACUACUAACAUUACGAAAUCAAGAGGAGAAAAAUAACGUGGUUACAACUAACGACAGCGCUGAAAAGGGACUGGACUUGAGUGAAAGCGCACUUCGCAUGACCCCUGUAGUGCCACAGGAAAAAGUACCGAUUUCAACACACCAGCCAUACAAACAGAUAUCUCAUGAUUCAUCAAAAGAAACAUUUUACUACGACAGUGACUAUGAUGAUGCAAGUUAUUUGAACGCAUGCGCAUUAUCGAAAACAAAUGGAUCAUUUGAGAAGUUGGAAGUUGCAAGCGAUAUUCUUUAUUCCAACACUGAACAUGAUUCAGAUGUCCCCAUGACUCCACCUUUAAAUGCAUCAUCUCCUACACACCCUCCAUUGGAGAGCUCAGGGUUAAAGCUAUCCAAAAGAAGAACGUCUCUCCGUCCUUUAUCAGAAUUAGAACCAGUCCCUGAAACGGAGGAAGUGCAGCAGUUUACUUCCAGGUCAGCUAACUCAGCUCACUCGAAUGCUUUAACACAUGUGACAACAGAUAUAAACGUAUUGGAUGAACUUAUCGACUUUGCUAACGACAAACUCGAAACGAAUAAAAUCAAAAGUGACGAAGAGCCUGACUAUAAAAAUGGUGAUGGAGAUCAAUACGAAGAUUCGUUGAACAGUUUUGCAUUGCCAGUGAACAUUGAUGGUAACACCAACCAAGGAGAAGAAAACCAAAAAAAAUUAUCAUACAGUGAUCUGACUUUAUCUGAAUUAAAAGCGCUGACGCAUAAGCACAAGACAUUAAACAGCUUAACAAAAGAGGAAAAUCAUAGCUCAAAGAAAGAAUUAAGCGAGGACAUUGUUGAUUCUCAUGACACUUUUGAGAAGUUGGAAAAUCAACAUGGUUUUUACGGGGAUAAUCAACUGGAAGUUUGGCUACAAGACGUUCGAAAGCAAUGUUUAGAUCAAUUGAGAGAAGAAGAAAGACAGAGGCUUGGUGAAGAAGGUGAAAACAUAACUAAUGAAAAUGAAGUCAUUCAAGAUGAAAAUAACAAUCAAAACUCCAAUCCGAGAUCGAGUGAUUCCAACGCAAAUUCCGGAAUUUCGAGUAAUGUUAACCCAGCAGAGGCAUCCUACCAUCAUAUUGACGUCUUGGUUCUAGACAAUGGCCGUGCUGACCCUGCUCCUGUUGCGUCACCGGGGCCGUCAACUGCAACGACUACAAAGGAUUCUGGAGUACAAAGUCAUGUAACAGAUCUAAAUUAUCCAACGGGAGUUGAAAGUUCCCAAGAGCCUUCUGACAAUGAAAGAGAAGUGGAAUUAGAACCACAACCGCAAGAUCAGUCUUCCAUGCUAGUACAAAGACUAAAUAUGUCUCAUGAAAAAGUUCACGAUUAUAGAAGUAUGAACUUUCCAUAUAUGAUUUCAAAUAUGCACAGUUUUUCAUAUUUUGACCAUCCUGCGAAUAUUACGGAACCGAUGGAUGAUUAUCACACGUACUUAGCAAAGCAUAAUCGUAACCUUCGAAAUUUUGUCGCUGGUAACCAGACGAACCUCGCAUCGCAACCAUCCGUUAAUGCGUACCAACCGAGACCACCCCAAACUCAAAACAGAAGCUCCCCCAAAGCUAAUCAUAGAAACACUGUAAGGCAGAUAACGUAUAAUAAUGUAUCAUCAAAUAGCAGUUACGCCUUCACUGAACUUCACAUCCCACGACCGCCAUCUGUAACUAGAUUACCAAGGGUUAAUCAAAGGCCCUAUAGCUACACUGGCCUCAAUGGAGAAAUGUUGACCUAUCCGUAUCCCUCAGAACCCUUGCCAUAUCUUACUCAUUCUAGACACAUCACACGGUACAAUCCAAACUUUGUACCAUCCCGACAAAGUAUGACGCAAAGGACUAGUCCUGCUGUGAAUUUUCUUAUCACCACAAUGAUACAUAUCUUCUCCACAUUUCUAGCUGUAUAUAAAUAUACACAGAUGGAUAUAUUGAUGGAAAAGAAUUCUACUACUAUUGCUGAUUAA